CCCUUUGUAACAGAAACCGUAAACUGUCUAACAACAACACCAUCCACAGCACGUUUGCCUGUAGCUCUUACACUCCAAGCCAAUGAAGCUAUCUCUGGCUUUACUGACGGUGUUGGUAGCUGGCCUUUCCGUGGGUCCAGUGAAGGCGCAUGGAGGAGGCUGGGGGAGAGGUGGUGAUGGAAAUGGCUGGAAAAAAGGAGGCCACCAUGGAGGGCACGGGCAUGAGCGCUGUAUAACUUCCUUGUGCCAAUCUGCCACCGCUGGACUGACUACUUGCCAAGACUGUGUCUGGAAAUUUGGAUGCGUUUUGAAGCACAACUGCAUGGCAGGCGUGACGGACUGCAGCACGAUGGAUUCCACCGCAGUUGACAGCAUGAAGACCUGCUUGAUAGGACUGGUUCCUUCGAUUAGUUCUUGUUUCGCAUGAUUAGACACCGACCGACGCAGACACGAAAACGACUGACCACCUUGUUCAAUUAUUCCUGAGGUGUUCAGUAGUUGCUCUAUAAGAUGAUAAUUGGAUGGCUGUUUGUUAGUACUUUUCAGUUAUUCUGUCAAAGAGAUGUGUUAUGUAUCCCAUUAUAGUAGAAUAAAAUGCAUGGUUAGAU